AGGAAGCUCGUCAGUUGUCAUUAGGCAUUCGAAUCGCGUAUCAAGCUGACAUCGUUUUGAUCUUCUGAACUAUUUGAAAGUUUUUAAAUAACGGCUGGAGAGCAAAACAUUAAUAUUUUGAGGAAAAGUUAAUGUAAUGACUUAACAACUUACAAUGGACUUCCAAAAAGCGAUCGUAAACUUGCAGCUGCUUGAAGCCAUUGCCAAAAAGGAUUUGUCUCAGAUCGCAGAACUGCUCGACCAAGGAGCAGACGUAAAUCACAAAAACCUUCUGGACAAAAACAACACUCCACUUCACUACGCCGCAGACUGCCCGGAAAUCAACAAAUUACUCGUCGCUCGUGAUGCCAACUCGGCGGCCGUAAACGACGCCGGAUUAACUCCCCUCGAGCUGGCGCAGCAUUCACCUAAAAGUGCUAAAGCAUUUCGAGUCGUUGAAGGACGUUCACCGGUUCUGACCUACUUCAAGCGUCCCGGGACGGCCUCAAUCCUUGGCCAGUGGUACGAGUCGAAGCUGCUGGCGCUGGUUCUGUUCCGGGCGCUGCACUGGGAUCGGAUCGCCGAGUUUUACUUGGCAACCAACGUGGACGAUGCUGGGGCGUUUGACGACCUGGUGGUUCGGUACCGCACUGUUGGGGGGGUAGAUCGGUUGGUGUUUCUGCAGGCGAAGCACAAACCGGGCAAGGGGUUGAACUUGAAGGAUGUUUUGGAGAAUGUUGGGGAUAAGGGAGAUUUUAGCUUGGGGAAGUAUUUUAGGAGUUUCUUGGAUAUUAAGUUGAGGUGUUACGAGGGCAAUCAGAGUGCAAUUUUUGGAGAUAUUGGUGAGAACACGGUUGUUGAGUUUAUAAUUUUCACAACUUUAAAGCUUGAGUGCACCAUUCCAAAGCAAUUUGACUUAAUAUCUCGUGGUUCUGAAAACGAAGAAGAUAGUUUGUUCUACACUUGUCCAACGGGAAGAUGUAUUCGCUUAGAAGGACUAUUAAACAGCUUGAUGACAGUUGCUUCAAAGUGGUACAAAGAGAUGUUGGUAGCCAUUUUGGCGCAAAAUUCCAUUGCUUCAAACGAGCCUGUAGAUUUGACAAACUGUGUUGAACUAUUUUUAACCUCUGUGGAAAGUGAUGAAAACAGUUUCAAAUUUUUGCAACACUGUUACGAAAAAAUAUCUUCACUUAAACCUUGUGACGAUCAGAAAAAACUGAAAGAUGUCAAAGCAAAAAUCGUCAAACUUUUAGAAUCAGAAAAAUUCAAACCCUUCAAAAUGUCCGACGAAGAUUGCAUCAACCUGCCCCAAGAAUUCUUCAACAAACUCCAAUUUCACACGGAACAAUCAACCGAAGCCGAGGUGGAGCAGCUCGUCAAAAACGAAAUCCCCGACCACUGUCAAACCACCGGCGACCUGAACCUAAUCUUCCAGAUGUACCACCUGGGCGUCCAGCAGUGGUGGCUCCAGACGGGAGCGGUCCCCUUCCAGACGAAAUCGAGCGCUCUUUUCCGCGAAGCAAAAACCGCAAUCGAAAAGGGUUCCCUACUCGAAAAUCUGCACCUCAUUUCGAUGGGCAAGCUGCAGGUCUACAAGCAGGAGCUCUGUCCGGAAAAGCUCGGGGAAGCCCUCACAAAGGAGGUUCAGCGGUUUGUGAACGAUCGCGACAGCCACACGCUGCCGAUUGUGGGCGGACUGAUCGAGAGUAGUGCCGCCAGGCUGGUUGAGUAUUUGCGGAGCAAGGACGAAGAUCAGGUCAGUUUUAAGUUUGUCAACACUGAUAUGGCCAACCUUGAAGAUAAGGUCGGUCAGUUGACGUCAGAUGGUGGCGUGAAUGACUUUCUGGUGUUUGCGCAUAAAGGACAAAUUGAGCAAAAAGUAGUGGACAGUUUGAGUCGAAAUUUUCGGAAAGUUUUUCUCGUGACUGAUAAGGAGAUGGCACCUGCAAAUGUUAUUAGUGAACAAGUUAAUGAGGCAUGUUGCUUGAGAGAAAUUCCACAAGAAGAUGUUGGAAAUUUACCGGUUGAAGAUGAUCAAGAUUCAUACCGGAACAGACGAAAGGCCUUUCUACGUAACUCUAGGAGAAGUUUUAGGGGGCUGCUUGCUACGAUGGGUGAGCAAUUGAUUGAUUUGAAUGUAAAUCGAAAGUAAGUUGUGUUGUAAUUUGUGUUCACCAUUCAAAGAUGUUAACAGCUAAAAGUGUAACUUAAUCGACAAAGAAAAACUUUUA